AUGAAAGAGCGAUUUAAUGGUUGGUCACCAAUUACUCGAAAAUCUUUUUAUAUACAUGCGGUUCCUGAAAAUCUUCAUCAGUACCAAUGGCUCAACAGAAAAUUGAAAGAGCGAGACUUCAAGAAAUCAUCGGAUGAUUCAAAUUAUAAGCAGAACAGUGAAUCGAAACCGUUAAUAGGUCGUCCAACAAUAAUCUCAACCAUUCUACUUGCCGAGUGGCUUAUGGAGAUUCCGUGCAAAAACUCUACAGCCUGCAGUGCACAGAGGGUACCACCAUUGCUUGCAUGA